AUGGCUGCAGAUACUAGUUCAUCUACAUCCGCUUUCGUAACUACAUUGAUAUUCAACGGUGUCGUUGCCGUGAUAUUUCUACUGCUGUUCUGGUACUUGAAACCCAAAAACAAAAGGGUCUAUGAACCAAGAACCCUCACUGAUAUACAGACCAUCUCCGAAGAAGAGAGAAUAGAUACCCUCGAGUACGAUGACGAGAACUCCUGGCUCGGGUUCUUGCUCUCAAGACCACACUCUUUCCUAAUACAGCACUGCAGCAUCGACGGGUACCUGUUCCUCAGAUACAUCGGCAUAUUCGCGGGACUGUCCUUCAUCUCGUGCUUCAUACUGUUCCCCAUACUGCUCCCUGUCAACAUCACUAACGGCAACCACCUCGAGGGCUUCGAAGUGAUGUCCUUCGCAAACGUCAGGAACAAGAAUAGGUUCUACGCUCACGUGUUCCUCAGCUGGAUCAUAUUCGGCCUCUUCACCUACGUGAUCUACAGGGAACUGUACUUCUACAUAUCGCUCAGACACUCCUUGCAGACCACCCCGCUCUACGACGGCUUGCUCUCCUCCAGAACGGUGGUCGUAACCGAGCUCUCAGACACGUACAACCAGGAAGGCGAGUUCGACAGGCUCUUCCCAAACGCCGCACACAUCAUCUUCGCAAGAAACCUCAAGGAGCUCCAGGACAUGGUCAAGGAGCGCGACGAGACCGCCCAGAACUACGAAAAGACCCUGAACAAGCUCAUCAACAAGUGCGUCAAGAAACAGAACUCCGAGAAGAAGCGCGAGAAACUGUACAAGGACGGCAAACCCAAGGACGACCUCUCCACGUACGUGCCCCACAACAAGCGCCCAAAAAAGUGGAUCAAGCACUGGCCCUUGCCAACGUUCCUCGGCGGUGAAAAGGUAGACCUCCUCACAUACUCCACAAAACAGAUCGGCGACCUCAACGACAAGAUCAAGGAUAAACAGCAGGACUGGCAGAAGAGCGACCACCUCAACUCCGUGUUCUUGAUAUUCGACACACAGCUGGAGGCACAGAGGUGCUUCCAGUCGGUACCAGACAUCCUAGGGUUCACAAACUAUGGCAAAUGCCUCAUCGGCUGCACCCCAGACGACCUCAACUGGGAUAACUUGAACUUGACAAAGAAGGCCCGCUACAUGAAAAGACUAACCGCUAACUCCAUAUUAACUGCAAUGAUCAUAUUCUGGGCCAUCCCUGUCGCAGUGGUGGGUUGUAUCUCAAACGUCAACUUCUUAGUCGAGAAAAUACACUUCCUACACUUCUUGAACAACGUCCCAAACGUCAUAAUGGGCAUCAUCACAGGGUUAGUCCCAUCGCUAGCUUUGUCCAUUUUGAUGUCCUUGGUGGCUCCUUUCAUCAAGAAAAUUGGUGAAAUGAGUGGAGACAUCACAAGACAGGAGACAGACCAAUAUUGCCAGAAAUGGUACUUCGCUUUCCAGGUGUUGAACACCUUCAUCGUGACCACUUUGGCUUCUUCAGCUUCUUCAACUGUAACAGCUAUCAUCGAUGAGCCAGGCUCGGCAAUGACCCUGCUAGCAAAUAAUCUACCAAAGGCUUCAAACUUCUUCAUCACUUACUUCCUAUUGCAAGGUCUAACUAUGCCAACUGGUCAACUUUUGCAAGUAGCAAACCUAAUCCUGUCAAAGUUCAUGGGUAGAAUCCUCGACACUACACCAAGACAGAAAUGGAACAGGUACAAUACCUUAUCUAAGCCAUCCAUGGGUGUCGUGUACCCAACAGUUGAAAUCUUGGUUUGCAUUAUGAUUUCAUAUAUUAUCAUUGCACCAAUUUUACUUGUCUUCAGCACAAUGACUUUCCUAUUCCUCUACUUCGCAUACUUGUACAACUUGAACUUUGUUAUGGGCUUCUCUUUUGAUUUAAAGGGAAGAAAUUAUCCGAGGGCUUUAUUCCAAGUGUUUGUCGGUAUUUAUUUAAGCCAAGUCUGCUUGCUCGGUUUAUUCAUUAUGGCUAAGGCAUGGGGUCCAUUGGUGUUGGAAUGUUUCUGGAUUGUGGUUACAGCCUUGGCCCACAUUUAUAUGAAAUGGAGGUUCUUACCAUUGAUUGAUGCCAUUCCAUUAAGCGCCAUCUUGAACGCUAGAGGUAGUAAGAAGCACAGAUACCCUCAAAAGGAUCAAGGUUUGAAGGAAGUCAAGGGUAUCGGUGAAGACAUGAAGAAGCUGUUCGAAGAUGAUAAUCAUAAUGGUGUGCUAAGACCAGCCACAAAGGGUGACUUGAGAAGAGCUGAUUUGCUACCAGAAGAUGAACUUGAAUCAGACUCUGAAGGCUGCGGUGAUGACAUCUCAACACUAGGUGACAUGGAAGAAAGUUUGCCAAAGAAUGACAGAAAGCAAAGUAAUGUGACUGACGGGUCUAAAUAUGCAAGCACAUUUGUUGGAAGCGAUGAGGACUUCAAGAAGUUGCACUAUGCUGAUGUUAAGGACAUGAAGAAACAACAACAGAGUGGACCAGAGGUUAAUCCUGAAGGAGCUGUCGUGGGUAAUGCAGAUGUUGGUAAGAUCUUUAGUGAUCCUAUGGCUAUGACUGAUGAUCCUAAUGCUUUCCCAGAUAACAUUUUGCCAAGUCAAGGUAAAUUUAAAAGACUGGCUAAUUUCUUCGAACCUAGUAAGAGUUAUCCAUUCUGUAAGGUCAGAAAUAGAUUACCACACAGUUUAAACACCACUAUUCAGUAUAACCUGGAUUAUGCAGAAACCGCUUACACUGAUCCAUCAGUAAACUCUACUAGUCCUAUCGUAUGGAUUUGUAGAGACCCUAUGGGUGUAUCUCAAAGACAAAUCGAUGAAGCACACAUGGACAAUGUACCAAUUACAGAUGAGUUCACAGAAUAUGAUGAGAAGGGUAGAGCACAGUUCACCUUUAACCCACCAGACUUUAUUCGCAAGGCAAAGAAGUGA